AUGGCGAGCAGCCAGAGCCGGCUUGACCUUGCUACGGAGAAGUCACAGGCAAUACCCAUUCCGGACAGGAAGUACCUUAUCAGGGAGUAUACGAUGCAGCACGCGGAGAGUGGGCUCGGGAGCGACUACGUGAAGAGGAAGAACGUGAUUCGAGUGAGGAUGGAGGGCGAGCAAUUCUUGUUGCAGGCACCAGAUGUGUCGGGCGUAGUGGAUUGGAUAGAGGGUUUCCAAGCUGCUCAGAACAUCGCGCUCGACAUAGACGAAAGGCCCAUGCCCAAAGGGCCGCUCUUCCCGAGGUUGGCGUCGUCUACUCCAUGUUUGACGCGUUCGCUGACUAUGACUAUGCAGGAGGAGGAGACGCAGAGCUCGGCGUCCCGAAGACCAGGCCCGCACUCAGAAUUCCUCUGGCGCCGACAACGCUGGCGCCUCGGAGCGCGCCCGCGCCGAGCGAGACGAGAACGGCAUACCGGUCGCCCAGCCCUCACAUGCGGCGCGGUAGCAUUGGCACAGCAGACCCAAAUGUCCUGCGCGAUACCCCCGGCUACGAGAAACGACAAGUCCUUUGUGCCAGUAAUAUCAACAUCUGUUCUGUUUGUGUACACACGUUCAGGUCUUCCAGUCACGGACUCGAACAAAGGCAUGGCAUGGCAUUCACGACUCUCAUCCAUCCAACGUUCACCGGCAAUCAUUUGCAACUACUUAUCCUACGCUCCCUCGUAUAGCCUCUUGUUAGAUCACCCAUCGUUGUAA